AUGACCCUACAACAUGACCCUAUCUCAAGGAAACGGAAGUCAGAGCCAGUCAAUGAGACUCCAUUGAAACGGCAGACGCCGGCAAAGAAGUCGAAGUCGUUGACCAAUCUUGUUGGUGAGGAUGACAAGAUUGACCCAGUGGAAAAGCUCUUGUGCUUGCCCAACCUCAACAAUGACAUCUUGUUUGAUUUGGAUACGGACGACUCCUCUUCCGAACCCGCCUCUCCUAGAUCAGUCAAACACUCCUCAUCCUCGUCUUCCUCUGUGUCCACAGAUACCGCCUAUUUUUCUGAGUUGGAAAGCUCUCCCUUGCAUUCUCCAUAUCCCAACAUGGACGUGAAUUUUUCUAAGGUCAUCAACGACAACUUGCGAUCAUACUACCUUUCCACUUACAAGAGCCCCAUAGAAAUUCAUAAUGAUAACUCCAGCUUUUCCAUUCUUAACAAGAAAACUUCACAGCAUGCAAACGGUGAGACUGCCUUGCCUACACAGACGAAUGCAGAGGUUCCAUUCUUCAAGAAUGUGAAUUUUAACCCAAAGCCAAAGUCCGGCAACUCCAUUGAUGAUUAUUUGUACUACGACGAUGACGAUUUUUCUAGCUCCACUACUGAAUUGGGCCACGAGGGGAACACCCCCAGCUCCACGUGCAUGACUCAGCUUCCCAACAUCUCUUUUCACUAUAGAAGGGACAACAAGUUGAACUUGUCUUUGAGCAAUCAGGCUCCUUGCAGCGAGCCUCAUGACGUUUCCAAAAUUUUGAAUCAAAAUUCGGUGUUCACUGGGAAGGCCAGUGAGAUGGUGGGCACCUCCAGACUAUUGAUUAACGACUUUUUCUUGUAA